AUGGUGGGGUGGAUCAAUUCAGUGGAAAUCCCUGCAGAGGACACAUGGGAACUUACAUUUGAAGAUGGCACUGGUUCCAUGCCAGUUGUCUACCAGCUCAAAACCGACUUGGGAUCUCAGUACGAAAGUGAUCUGAGCCAAAUUAAACCAGAUAGUGAGAAUGUUAGAAAACCAUGCCGAAUCAUUGGCAUCCCCCAGGUCAUGGAUUCCAGACUAUACCUUCAGGCUAUUUGCAUCAAACCAUGCUCCGUGGAUGAGUUGUAUAUUUCUCAUCCUUUCAACGUUGUGCAGCACUACUUGAAAGGUUGUGAGAAUGCCGCUCCAGUUUGCAGUAAAAAUAUUGAACGUCAGGCAGCGACUGGUAGUGCUGCUCUCGACCCCUUUGAAGGUGAAGAAAUAAUCAUUCAGGAUGCAGACAUUAGCGACAUUGUCGGAGAGGAUCGACUUCGUCGAGUACUAUGGAAAUUACUUUCCGUGGAAAUGAAUAAGGGGAACAAAGAUAUGUACAGAAGCGCAUUAAUUACGAAGUGUAAAAAGUGGACAACCGCCGAAGUGAACACAGCUUUGGAAGAACUGGAGGAAGGAGGAGUCAUCAUCUACUUGUCGGGAGAUAAGCAGAAAAUAGCUCUGAUAUAA